AUUCCCAUUUAUUUUCAAUUCAUAGUACAACUAUUUCGUUAAGGCUUAUUUUAAUGCUUUCUAUUAUUAUUUCCGUACGAAAAAGAUUAACCUCAACCUCAAGGUUAAAUGGAUUAACAGUGUCCGACAAUUGUUACAACCUUCCACCCAAUGAUGUCACCUUACAUUGGCAUCCCAUCUGUCCAAUCGAGCUCCUAUAGCAUCCAACCGUCCUCAAUUCAAUAGUAAAUUCAUUAUGUCCAGCCCAGAUGGCCAAGUAUUCAUCAACCGUCAAUCCUAGGCUUAUGGUAUUUUAGUAAUUGGCUCACGUUAUCACGGCAUUAUAGUAAUUUUUCGCCCAAGCAAGUCCAAACCAGCCGUGAGUAAAGAGGGCUCCAAGCUUAGAAGUUAGAACUCGUCGUAAGUUGGGAAUUAAGAUCAUAGAAGUAGAAUUCCUCUCGACCCUCUGGUUUCUCUCUCUCUUUCUCACAUUUUUCUCUGUUCCCUCUUCAUCUUUGACCAAGUGGAAUUACCGGCAAGAGCAGUCUUGAAACGGCGUUAAAAGCAUUGGUGGUUCGUUCAUGAUCAAUCUCUUACUCUGACACGUCUCUGAAACUUCUUGACUUCAAACCUUUAAUUGGUGUUCUCGCCCAAUAAUAAAAGAUGAGAGUGAGACGAAUUCCUUACUCAUUUCCUUACAAAACCAAAUUUCUCAACAACCAAUCAAUCGAAACUUUUCUGUCUCCUCGAACUUCUAGCUGUUGCGAGGAUGGUUUUUGGUUUUAAGAGGAAAAAAAAGGCAAUAAAAUAGAGCCUUUGGUUUCGUAGAAGUUCUUGUUUGAAAGAAGCUCCGACGACCCGGGAGAUAUCGGUUUCUAAUUCAGGAAAUCAUGGUUCUAACUAAUCCGUUUAUUCUCCUGCUAGUGGUCGCCGGUGUCUUCUUGGUUUUUCGUAUAAUUUUGUCUGGUACAGCCCUGUGGUUUCUUUUCAAGAAAUGGUGCAGAACGAUCGAUGAUUGGUGUCACGUCUAUCAGUUCUAUAAAAUUCCCGAAUUCAACCGAAACUUUCAGGAGAAUCAGCUUUACAGAAAAGUUUCUACCUAUGUAAGCUCGUUAGCCUCAAUAGAAGACUCCGACUACGCGAAUCUCUUUUCCGGGAAAAAGUUGAACGAGAUUACCCUCGAACUCGAUACCAAUCAGCUUGUAUACGAUACUUUUCUCGGCGCCAGAGUCUCAUGGAUGAGCGAAGAGAAACGCGAAGGAAACAGCAGGUGCAAAACUUUUGUUUUGAAGAUCAAAAAGAAAGACAAGCGUCGAAUUCUCCGUCCUUACCUCCAACACAUCCACUCUGUCUUCGACGAGAUCGAGCAAAGAAGAAAAGAGGUGAAGCUCUACACAAACACGGAAACGGUGCAUCGCAAUGGGCGGUGGAGUUCGAUCCCUUUUACUCAUCCGUCGACUCUUGACACCGUCGCCAUGGAUCCCGAUAUCAAAAAUAAGGUGAAGUCCGAUCUUGAAUCAUUCCUCAAAUCGAAGCAGUACUAUCACCGACUCGGCCGAGCCUGGAAGCGAAGCUACCUAUUGUACGGACCCUCGGGUACGGGAAAAUCGAGCUUCGUUGCCGCCAUGGCGAAAUUUCUCUGCUACGACGUGUACGACGUCGACCUCUCCAAAGUCUCCGACGAUUCCGAUCUGAAAAUACUCCUAUUACAGACGACAAGCAGAUCGGUCAUUGUUAUCGAAGAUCUCGAUCGAUUUCUCGGCGAGAAAUCAAAGACGGUGAGUUUAUCUGGGGUUAUGAACUUCAUGGACGGGAUCUUCUCGUGUUGCGGCGAGGAGCGGGUAAUGGUCUUCACAAUGACCAGUAAAGAUCACAUCGAUCCUGCAAUCCUGAGGCCCGGAAGAAUUGAUGUUCACAUCCAUUUUCCUCUGUGCGAUUUUUCUGCGUUCAAGACUCUGGCCAAUAGUUAUUUAGGCCUCAAGGAUCACAAGCUCUUCCCUCAAGUGGAGGAGAUCUUCCAAGGUGGAGCUACUCUGAGUCCAGCGGAGAUCGGAGAGAUCAUGAUCGUGAACCGGAGCUCACCAAGUCGGGCGUUGAAGUCGGUGAUGACAGCGUUGCAAACGAACAGUGACGGAAAAGGGUACGGGAAGAUUGGGCAGCAGUUGAGCGAGAGCAGAUCGGUAAACGGACGGAUUCAGAGUGUGGAUGAAUUGGGGGAAUCGGGUGGGGUAAUCUGCAGGGAGAGCGUUCACACGGUGAGAGAGUUCCGUAAUUUGUACGGUUUCCUGAGACUGAAGAGCAGUAGGAAGUCGGGCCCCUUCGAUCUAGGCUCGGGCGAGAACGAAGGUUGACACUUUGAAGCAGUCACAAGACUCACAACUCACAACAAUGCUUAGGCACGUGUUGAAUAAAACCCAAUCAACAAGUAGGUACAGACAGGCACGUUUUACGACUAAAUGACAGAAGGGUUUUCUUCUUCUAAUUGGGAUUUGGAAUGCAACAAUGCACGAGAUACAAGUCCCAUUUGAUAUUUUAAAUUAAAGAACUCCCGCCGGUUUUUUAAAUUAUUAUGUUUCUCCUCCGGCGGGUUUUAAACUCGCGGAAUUUGUCAACUUGUUCCCUUUAAAUAUUACGGCCUUAUGGCCUGUAAAUGACAACAUUACCAUUUAGACCGUUUCCGUAACUGGAACUAUGAAACUUGUGUUGUUCAAUUAGAAAGAAUACUUCUGAGUUCUGCCAAUGAAUCUUGGGGCUUGUUCGUUUUUGUUUAUCUAGGUAAUUAUAUUUUGGAUCCCUUA